AUGAAUUUACUGUUUAAAAAUACAAAACAACUAUUUUUCAACAACAAUUUACUUCGAUUUAAUAAUAAUUUAAAUUUAUUUAUUUAUUCACAAUUUAUUUCUAAAUUAUUUUCAACAAAUAAUUCAUCAAAUUUACAGCAACAAAAUAUAGAGAUUGAAAAUAAUAAAAAAGAAAAACUUAAACAAUUAGAAAAUUGUGUUAAUUUUGUUAAUAUAAGUUCAACAGCAACAAAGAAAUAUUCAAAUUAUUUAUCUAUUUAUAAUCAAACAAUUUUGGAUGACAAAAAUUUAAAUAAAUACAAAAAUGUUUUUAUAAAUUCUUUAUUUUCAAUUCUGCAAGAGUUUUAUUAUGAAGGAAUAAAUAAAAAAGAAAUUGAUAAUUUGUUAAUUGAGAGAAUAAAUUCCGUUCUUGAUUGUAUUGAAGAUUUGUCUUUAACAAAACGUUGUAGCUUUGUUGGGGCUGUUCUUAUGUCUGAUAGUCGGGCUAUUAAUAAAGUCGAAUUAAACAGCAAUCACAUUGAAUAUAUUUGUCGGAUAGCUACUUCAACGAAAAAUCCAACCAUUAUUGAACCACUUGUGGAUAUGCCUGAUUUUAUAAAUAGAAGUCUUCCUCUUCUUGCAAUGCUUUAUGAGACUUUGGCUUUAAUUUAUGAUAAACUUGAAUGGUUAUGGAAAUUUAUUUUGGAUAGAAAAAGGCAUAGAGGAAGGGAUUUUGGACAUUUUAGAUUUGCACUUAAUCGCAUAGCACAUUUUUAUCGUUGUGCUAAUACAAGGUUACCAAAAGAAUUAUCUACAAUACUUUCAAGGCUUGAUAAUAAUACACUUAUUUUUAAAAAGGAAAAAGAAGAAAGGAAGUUAUAA